AUGCCGGAGCCUCGUGAUAAGGAGGCUGGUGGAAGAUGCUGUGGGGAUGGUGAGUCUGCUUCUGCGAAUCAUGAUGAACCCCGCUCGGCGACAGCGCAUGCCGACCCUCAUUCGACGGCAUCAGCGUCGCCGGAAGAAGCAACAAUACGCGCUGAGCCUGCGGCACCUCCACCCACCUCAAGAAGAAGACCUGUUGAACCCGAGGAGUCUUUGUACAGCAUGAAGCACGUCGACGAGCAGGCGAAGCAGGCGGUAGACAACAUCUCGACCCUGACGUCGUUCAAGUCGACCAUCCUGGCCCGGACGGCCGUCUACGAUACGCCCGAGGGCGUCCUCCACUCGCUCAGCUUCUUCAGGAGGAGGUUCAAGUGGUUCGACUUCGACGAAUCGGACCUGGAGAAGACCACCACCUACUACUGCUGCGACGAGCAGGGCAUGCACAACGUCCACCUCACCGGCUACCUCAUCAUGUGCCACAAGGUCCGCGGGAAGUACGUCUUCCGCUCCUGCGUCGCCGAGUUCUACGAACAGGUGACAUUCGACCAGCUGGCGUACAAAGUCCUCGCCUCCAGCACGUCCAUCGUCGGUGGCAUUGCCGCCAGCGCGCUCACGGGGGCUGCUAUGGCGUGGCCCACGGACGUGUUUACGUGGGGAACAGGCUCCGUGGUCGGGGGGCUAGCGGGAGCCGUCGUGGGGGUCGUCGGCGCCGUAUUCGUCAACGUGGACGCGGACUCCAAGGAGAAGCAGAUCGAGAAGAAGCUCGGGUCCAGCCUGUACAACGCCAGCACGAACAGGAUCAACAGCCACGGGAUCAUGGAGGUGCUUCUCCUACACUACCUCUUGGCCGACCAGAAGUACAACAUCGAGGGGACCGAGGUCCGCAUCACGGGCGUGCAAGAGCACGACUAUAACGCCAUGGCCGGGAUGGAGGGGGGUAGAGCAGGCGGCGGCGGCGGCGGCGAUACAACAACCGCAUAGCACUGACUUGGGGGUGACUUAUAGCGAAAUAGAUGCUAGAUCCCCCCAUCAGACAGACUCAAAUCUUUAGUGAAAUGGUUGGAUGGCCCUAUCAGACCGACUCAAUCUCGUUGUCGAGGAUGGAAUGAUGGCAUACAGCGUCGUGCGAGACCGUCGUACAUUGGGUCGCUGGUGUGUUCGGGGGGAUGUAAAUAGCGUGCAAAUAUUUCUAGUGUGUCUAACUUUCGAUGCGUCUCGUCAUGUGGCCUUUUCAGCGAUUGAUUAUUUCUGGUCGGGAAGAGCGCGGAAUGCGUUUUUUUUUGUGGUGAUGGUUACUAUAGGCAGUUUGAAUCUACAUCUGUACAUGUUAUUGUGCAUGUUGUUGGGCGACGUCGAGGAUGAGGGGGCACGUGGACGGACACCCCCCGCGCCUCAAGAAAAAGACGCCGCGGGGCCGCUAUACCGUCGUAAGUCUAUGGUAGGUUUUGUGCCUACCGGUUCGCCGUCGACAUACUUGGGGCCUUGGCUAUGCUGGGAGUGUUAAGUUUGUUGACAGGAAGCGAUCGAUUUUUGGUGUGAUGUGCCAUGUGCUGGGGCUGUGUUGUCGGUUGUUGGCGUGUACAUGUCGUUGGGAUAUUGAUCUAGAAGGCGAAGCAUCUUGUGAUCUUUUUCCGCCGCGUGCACAGGCCGCUGUUGGGCCGCGGCAAGACGUGCUGUUCUUGCAGCGGGGGCGCCGCAGAUGAGAAAUGCUCCGUCGUGACCUCUCCAUUCUUGGUCCUCAGUUCCCCCGGCACAUGACUGACUAAAGCAAUAACUGACGUAUUCCACUUGUUCAGGGACAUAUAUGUUUUUAAGGGCUCUAUUUAGGUUCUUCAAAGGGUUGUUUGCUCUUUUGCCUUGUACAAUACCGCCGAAUGUAUUGUAGCACGUUGGCUGAAAUACGUCAACAAGAAGCGUGUCACCUUCAAAGUGAGGCCCGCAAGACCGGACAUUUGGUCCCUACUGGGAUAGACAACCAGUAGAUGGAAAAGUCAUUCUGGUUGAAGCCUGGCUGUUUUUUGGGUGUGCCGUGAGCGUCUUGCGUACACCAACCGGCAUGGAAUGUGAUAAUAUGUACACGGAAGUAGGACAUGUACAGCAGUGUGGCUGAUUUGUGUAAAGUACACGGAAGUAGGACAAGAAAUAGCACAAGGGGGCUGUAGGUCUUUACCACGUUUGUUGUUAGUGUGAUUAUGUGUAAAGGCUAUUUCAUCGCCGGUGUGUGGCUGAGCGCCCAUAAGCAAAACUCCGACGCCCUCCCUCCCCCCCCCCCGUCCCCGGUGCUUUGCUCCGGUGACUAUUAUAUAAUCGACUAAUGUAGAUGGUCACAGCUAUCUUCUGAACCAUACUGGUACUAGUUUCCUACGAGCCCGGUGUGCUGGCGGGGAGCGUCGUCGACCUCAUUCUAGGAUUGGGCGGGGGGGGGGGGUCGGAGCAGGUUGAAUAAUAGAACGUUAUUUUUCUGAUCGUUCGUUGUCGGGGAACCCCUGCACUCGUUUGUGGAUACAGUAGUUGGUGUCAUAAAAAGUCAAUUUUGUGGCGUCAAAUCAAAGAAAAGUAACGCCGCAACCAUGACCAAAGGUAUACCAGUAGGCUAACAGAGCGCAAACUGCAUUUCUUCCGAACAUUGCCGUCCUGGGGGCGCGUUUUCUCCUCUUUGCCCUGUUGCCUACCAGGGGUUGGCUUGCCACAGAAUAGUUUUGAAAGAUUGAGGCAAAACGAAGGACUGCCGUGCGUCUGCUCUUGCACAUCAAAAAGGGCGGACACCAGAAAUGGGACCACUUCGUGCGUUAGCUUACAGGCACAAGUUUUCUCGCAUGUGCGUGAACGACAGAACGCUAGUUCAGACCUGAUGCCCUACCAGCCACACGCACCGCGAUUUUAAACACAAGACCGACAUCUACAGAAAUGGGUUUCACCCAUGAUAGGCGUCGCAAGUAGGAGACCAACGACUACUGCAUACUCGUCGCCAUCCAAGCACACGUCAAGUGCUCUCGCCUUUGCAAACAAAAAUGGGCGAAAACAGCCACGCCAAACCUCCCCAUCGGCAAACACCAAGCACGGAGCAGUAGCACACAAAUUCACCAACAACGCCAGAGCGCGCCACAGGCGGAAGCCAGCUCGAAAUAAGCGUAACUUGCACGUCUGCUCAGAGUCGGCUGUGGCAGUCUGUGAGGGGUACAAGAGGCAGAUAUUGCAGUAACAUAGUAGCUGGCGCUCUCGCAUAUCACUACUUUACCGUUAGCGCCCGCACGUAAGUACUUAUACUU